AUAUGAACUCCUCCCGCAGUAUCCGCCCGAACGGUCGUACUGUCUCACAUGAAUGGGCUGCUUUCCCCACACUGCUGCAUUGUGAAUCGGUCUCGCCAGCAUCCCCCCCAACACUGUCUUGCAGAUAUGUGAUUCCCCGCGUUGUUUGCAUGAUGCACCCUUGGACCUUCUUGAAUAUUCAAUCGGCCAAUGCUGCAACCGUGAGCUGCUGGUGAUCCUGAACUUAGAAGGAUUGGCUUCCCUCAACUCCCUAGCCGUUGUUAGUUUACAGGGAGGGUUUGGUCUUCAAUUGACAUGAGCAAACGAUUGAGAAAUAUAUAAGGGCAUGCGAUUCCCCAGAAGUGCAAUUACGAAUCUCUGCAGUCUUCAUAUCAUCACUCAUCUUCAAGCUCUUACUUCUGUUUAUAUCUCCCAUCACGCAUAUUAAGCCACCUGCCAACCCUCUACAAUGAUCAUGGCCCAAAAAGAGAUGAUUCAAAUCUGCCCUACAUCGACCCAUUUGCCGCCGGGCACACCACCGAGUACCCCGAAUCUGUCAUCAACCGAACACGUUGUCACGUUCAGCAAUGCCCAAAAGCUUUUUGAAAUGGUCAAAGCUAUCGUGGACAUGGAAAUUGCUUCCACUUCAUCGAAGUGCAAGUGUCCCCAGAGAACAUCUGAAGCUCCUGAACAUGCGGCAUCUACGGGACCCGUAACUCUCAAGGAUGUUGAGGCACUCAUUUUGAAGCUCAUCGACGAAAAGUCAGCAAACCCUUCAGCUCCAGACGACGAACUCGAUAAUCAGUACAGGCUUAUGGAAAUGGUCGAUUCGAUGAUAGAAUUACGCCUUGCAUCCCGUACAUCUGUACCCCAGGCACCUACACAAUCCCUGACGAUCCAGGACUUCAAGGACCUCUUGAAAGAACUUGUCGAUGGAAAGCAGGCGGGAUUGGCUCAGGUUUCAGACGGUCCUCAACCCGAUACCACGGACGCUCAGGUGGCUGAAGCUGAUGCCAACGACACCAAUGCAUUCAAAACAGUUGAAGAAGUUUGGGAUAACAAAACGUACAAGUACGCACUUGUGGAGCCCGCAAAGUCGACUCAUGAGAUAACUACAUUGGACAAAUACGUUUUCAUUGUCCGCAGAAGAGUCGACAAGGAUACGAAAGAGACGCAGUUCCACAUCGACAUCAAGUCGGAGAGUUUGCGCGAUAUCCUGAGGGUUAUCUUGGGAGAUGUUCAAGGAAUCAGCUUAAAAGAACCAGUCCUAUCUGUUGAGCAGAAUCUUUUACACCACUAUCUGCCUGAAAUAGAGUUAUAUCGAGGACUAAAACUCUAUCGGGACGUUGAACAGAGUAAGAUCGCCGAACAUGAAUCACACUUGGAGUCGCUUAUCGACUACAUCAAGACAGCCUAUGGACCUACAAGACAGAGUCUGAACCCCAUCUUAGAAGACGGCCACAUCACAUUUGACCUGCUUUGGGCCCUCUUCAAAUCAAAUACGUUAGUAUAUACCAAGUGUUUCGGCACAGGAAAGCCAAGAUGUGUCAAGUAUGAUUUUGGAGAAGAACGGAAGACAAACAGUGGGGUGAAGUAUUUUCACAUAGAAGGUCGUUAUCUCGAUUUUGAUGGAAAGGUACUUGGUGAAGCAGUAAUUCAUCUCUCAAUCGAAAAGUUUCGUGGCGCUAAGCGGAUUGAUACUCUUGAGGUAUUUCCUCUUCAUUGCCACGCAAACGAAAGCAAUGCAAGGGCGCAACUACUCAAGUGUGGUCACAGAUUUCUUGGAUUGACAGGUAUCCAUCACGUUGAGUACCAUGGGAAGGCCUUCUACAUGGAGAAAGGACGUCCAAUCGAGGUGACUAUCAAGGGCCGAAUCAUGGUUGAUCCGGCCCACUUCAGAGAAACCAACCCAAAUUACAAGAAACCAAGCAUUAGCGAGCCUUCUAAGUCUUCAUCUAAUAUUUGGCUCUCUUUCGAUUUGGACGGUACCACUGUAACGUCUGCAGACGUCGUAAAAUGCAUUGGGAAGAGCUCAGCGGAGGUGGCUGGAGAUGACGUGCUCCUGUGCAGCCCGACGGUACUCGGUUUCAGCCUUGACAGGAACUUAUGGCUCGAAUUUGCCGUUGGUGACAUCGAGGACAUCAAGUGGCAGCCUGCUGCUCUCGCCCACCUCCAAAUCCCUGACAAGAAAAAGAAGGCCAUACAGGCCCUUUCUGAGGCCCACAUGGCACGAUCAUCUGACAACCGUUUUGAUGAUUUCGUUGCUGGGAAAGGUCAGGGCCUAAAUGUGCUCCUACACGGCCCACCAGGUGUGGGGAAGACUUUGACAGCUGAAGUCCUCUCUGAGCAUCUUCAAAAGCCACUCUAUUCGGUCUCCGCGGGCGAGCUGGGCACUAGUGCAGAAAGCGUUGAGGCACGCCUUCCAGGUAUCUUCCAACGCGCUUCAAGAUGGAAUGCUCUUCUCCUACUUGAUGAAGCAGAUGUUUAUUUAGAGCAGCGCUCACCCUCAGAGAUAAUUCGCAAUGCUAUAGUCUGUGUAUUCUUGCGAACGCUUGAAUAUUACCAAGGCAUCAUGUUCCUCACGACCAAUCGAGUCGCGCAUAUUGAUGAUGCUAUCGCUAGCAGAAUCCAGUUCAAGAUCAACUAUAAUACCCUUAGCGCAGAUCAAAGGAGGAGUAUCUGGAAAGGCUUUCUGAGAAAGGCAUUUAUAGGUCAAGGACUGCCGGAUUACGACGGCUUGGACCUCGAGAACCUAGUGCGAAGGGAGCUUAACGGUCGGGAUGUGUAAAGCGUAAGCCUAAGGUCUCACGGGAGUCCAGGGAACCAGGUCAGGAGGCAGGAAGGUAUCGUAUUCUGUAAGCACAAUAGGUCUACGUAUACACAGCGACUAUUGACUGGAG